ACUCUAUUUCCUACGAUUCUACUUCACACAGAGUGCUCAACAUACUAUCUGGGGCCAGAUUGUGGUGACGAAGUCGACGUCCUGCCCUAUGAUGAACAUACGGGUACCUGUUGCUUUUAACAACUCUAAAUUGACUUGAUCGUCACCACUCAAGAGUUUCAAAAUGAAGAUGAAAACGCUGGUGAGUUAUCUGCUCUCAUUGCUUCUGUGGUGGAUGUCGUCUGCUCAAGAAGCAGACGACCUGAAACGACUGUUUGACGACAAGAUCUGGUCGUACAACCCCUACAUCCGGCCGGUUCUCAACCAGACUGACCAGAUGAACGUCACCUUGCAACUCCACCUCGUCGCGAUCACCAACUUUGACGAGGUGUCUGAAAAUCUGUCCUUCACAGCAUGGCUGGACCUGGUCUGGCACGACCCGUUCCUGGUGUGGGACCCGAUACAAUAUGGCGGUAGUGUGUCCAUCCACCCGCCUGCUCACCAAGUAUGGCGGCCAAAUAUCGCCGUCGCCAAUACGAUGUCAACAUUCAACCCAGUCACAGAUAGUACGAAUCUUGUACAUGUGCUUUCAAACGGAACCGUUACGUGGAAACCAGGGGCCAAUUUUGACGUGUAUUGUGAAGUAGAUACAAGCUCAUUUCCCUUUGACGUCCAGGAGUGUCUGGUGGAGCUUCUACUGUGGGACUACCAUCUGGAGGCUGUGGAUCUCCUCCCUAUGGCGUCCUCUGUUGGGGUGAGCAGUUUCCGGGCCAACGGGAAGUGGGCGUUAGUCUCGACAGACGUGUCCAAGGAGAUCCGACAACCUGACACGUCAAGCAAGCCCGCCGUUGUGAUGACGCUGAAGUUGAAAAGACGUCCUGAGUUUGUUCUCAUCAAUAUCAUCUUACCGACAGCCCUUCUGUCCAUCCUCAACUCUUGCGUCUUCCUCAUCCCCGCUGACUCCGGGGAGAAAAUCUGCUUUGCUGUCACCAUCCUCCUCGCGUAUGGCGUCCUGAUGUCGUACAUCACCAACAUGCUCCCAAAGACGUCCAAGACCACAUCCAGUCUAUCCAUCAUCAUGGUCGCCAGCCUUGUUGUCAGUUCCGUCUUCGUCGGGUUAGCAAUUGUCAUAACGAGGCUGUACAAGAAAACCGAAACAGAAGUUCCUGUUAAUGUCGCGCAUGUGACAAGACUAAUUGAACGAAUUCUUUGUCGUAGAAAGAAAAAUGAAUGCCAAUCAUCAGACUCGGUCAGCCGUUCUGAACCACAGGACAGCCAUGACAGUAUUGACAAAGUUGUUCAGACGAGUUCUAUAUCAUUGUCUAGUCAUGUCGGUAAUGAUGGCAGAUGUUGCCAUGGCGAGGAUGUAAUGACCUGGAAACGGGUAAGCAAAUGUUUGGAUAUGGCAUUGUUUGUUGUAUGUUUCCCUGCCCUGCUGGUGGCUGCAGUCGCCGUCAUGGGUAACGAUUGCAUUACCCUGGGAAGCAUGGGAAACCCAGCAGUCUAAGGCGCCGCGAUUCGCUGUGCCGUUCCAGAAACAUUUUGGUUGUGGGUUCGAACCCCAUAUAUUCCCUGAUAAUAUUUCUUGGUUUG